AUGAACUGGAUAAGUUCAGGUACCUUCCGGUACUUGUGCCAACUAGCAACCCGACCCUGGAGGAUCCGACGCAGUCGGAGAGAGCAGGAGAGGGAGUCAGCCCUUGUAGGGCGGCUUGAUGUCCAUAUCCCUGAUGAGGAAAGUUCUGGGCAGGAGAUCAGGUAAAUCCGUGAGAGAGUAGGCUGCCUUCCACGGACAUCUCUGUCAUGUAGAGUAGAUGUUAUAUGUUUCUUAUUUAGUCUAGCUAUUUUUUAUCAAUGAGACUAACCUGCAUGAAUAAAGAAUAGAUCAAAUCCAAAAGUGAGUCGUCCAGUUGCUGUCGCUGAGAACGGGAGCUCCCCCGGUCAAUAAUGCGAGGAGAGCAUUCUACUCUGAACUUCCCGCUGGUCGGUCGCUAACGAGACUGGCGCGCGGUUGCUGUCCAAGGUGCUUAAACGCUUGCGCAGACACACUCAACACCCCUCGGCGACCCGACCCACGUGCCCUCUCUUUCUCUCCUCUCUCUCUCCUCUCUCUCUCAAACACACACACUCACACAGAGAGCGAGAGAGACUCCCCCGGACAGUGUGACACCUCCUCCUCCGGUCUUUCAGUUUAAAUUACACUCUAGAGACUCUCCGGUCCCCGCGUGACCCCCGGGCAGAUUCACAGACACAAGCUGGUGUCAUUAGCACAACCCCGGUAAAUACAAUAACAGUGAGAUGAUCUCUCUAUCAAAGACACACACACAAAGACACACACACACUGGUUCAUGGUUGAACUUCUUUAUGUUUCUAAAUCAAUCCACUUUUUUCUGUUUGUCUUGGCUAAUGCAUUGUGUUCAUGUUGACACCAACAUAGAUAUAGAACAGUUUUAUAUCUAUCUGUCUAGCUUCUUCUGCUGACUCUGGUCCACUGUUACAUAACGGUCAGUUCAUAUGAGCCUCUCUCACCUGUGUGCAGUAAUGAAAGGGAUGAAGCAAUCUAAGAAACAUAGAUUAUUAAACUAAACUGCUUUUUACUGUUAUAGCCUACUGUUAUAAAUUAAUAUAUAGCAGAAAUGAGAAGGAAUGGAUGGGGAAUCCACAAAAUUUUAAAUUAGAAUUUAUUUUAAAACCAACCCCCCCCUUUUUUUUAAGAAUUCUAUCCCCCCCUCUCUCUUUCGAUCAUUUUCUCUAUAACCCCCCCUCUUUUAUCUUUUCCUUCUCUCCUUCUAACUCUAUUAAACGCUUUUACUUGCUCCUCCCUUCUCUUUUUCUUUUGGGGAUAAACCCUUCUUUUUUUCUCUCUCUUCUCUCCCCGCUCCCCCACUCUUUCUCUCCCCACUCUCUCUCGCCCUUUUCUCUGUUCCUCUCUCUCCCCCCUUGUGCUUCUUUUUUGGGGCCCCAGAGUCUCUCCCCCCCGCUAAGGAAAAAAAACCCUUCCUCCUCAAAACCAACAACAAAACCAAAACCUUUAAAAAUCUGGGGGCCCCAAUAAAAAGGUUUUUCCCCAACCCUUGGUUUGGGGUAAAACCAAAGGAAAAAAAGGGGAAAAAAAAAAAAUUUGGGGGGUUUUUAAAAAGGGGGGCCCCCCUCUAUCCCCCCUUCCUCUUUUUCCUUCUCUCUCUAUUCUCCUUUUUUCUUUUUAUUUCUCCCUCUCGCCCCCCUUCUCUUUAUCUUUUUCUCGUCCCCUUCGUCCCCCCUCCUCUCUUCUCAUUCCCCUUUCUUAAUUUCCCCCCAAAUUUUCUCUCAUUUCCCCUCCCCUUUCUCCCCUUUUUUUCCUUUUUUUUUUCCCCCCCUCACCUCCUCUCUCAUUUCCCCCUUUCCCCCCCUCUCCUUUUCCUCUGCCCCCCUUUCUUCUCUCUUUCCCCGCUCUUUCUCGCUCUUUCUCGCUCCCCUCUGGGCUCCCCCCUUCCCUUUUCAAUUCUCUUUCUCUCUUUUUGUUCGCUCCCUCUCUCUCACUCUUUCUCACUCUCUCGCUCCCCCUCUCUUUCUCCCCUCUCUUGCUCCCCCCUCUCUCUCUCCCCCUCUCUCGCUCCCUCUCUCUCUCUGUGUGUGUGUGUCAGCUUGGUGGCAUCUCUGGAACUGCAUCGUAAAUUCGAGCUGUAGAACUCUCAAGAUCUUCGACACACAUUCAAGAAGACCAUUACUGCACUAGAACCCCUCUAGAAUUCUCCAUUCUCCAGUGAGACACUUACUAGGUGCUUUCAAAGACAAUGUACAGGUUUGUACAGUGUUUAUGAGUAAUUUAGGUUGUUAAUAGUUUAUUAUUUACCUAGAAGCUUGGCUGUUUUGACUCAGCAUCCAGGGAAGCUGUAACUGUGUGACAGUGUGAGUUGGCAUUUAGAGUAUGUUGGAGCGUUUAAAAGCUUUAUACCUAAAGCAAACAAAAUACCCCAGAGGCACAUCUAGGCUGCGUCCCAAAUGGCACCACAUUCCCUAUGUAGUGCACUACCUUUUCUAUGACGCAGCCAUAGAAACCAGCUGAACCAGCAGUCCUCUACUGAAUCCACAGAGCUUUAUUUUUAGUAGCUGCUUAAUGCACGUUUCAUGAUUAUUACUCCUAUAUUGUUAAUAAUAACAAUACUUUAUUUGAAAGGGCUAGUUGCAUGUUGUUAUUGCUGAGCAAAGACCUUAAAGGGUGAAGCAUGCAUGCACGUACACACACACACACACACAGCCACUGUUGCGUGUCCCUCAGUGUCUCCCUCUCUGACUCAUCACCGUCUGUCCAGACAUCUGUUUCAUCUCCUGCUUCAGGCUGACUGUGGCCCUCUCUGACCUGGCCCGGUCAAGCAGAAUUCUCUCAUCACCAGGCCAGUUUCAGGUCAAAGCAGGUCAGAGGAAUGUGGAAUAGAGGACAGGAAGGGACAGGAAAGGACAUUGACUAUCUAACUUUAGAAAAUCACUGAUCAAUAAAGAACAAUGACACCUUUACUUCCGUUGGUUUGAGAGAGAGAGAGAGAGACAGAGCGAGAGAGUGAGUGAGACAGCGCGAGAAAGAGAGAGAAAGAGACAGAGAGACAGAGAGAGUGCGAGAGAGAGCGCGAGACAGAGAGAGCGAGAGUGAGACCGAGAGCAAGGGAGAGAGAGACAGAGAGAGCGAGACAGAGCGAGACAGAGCGAGUGAGACAGAGCGAGAGAGAGAAAGAGAGAGAAAGAGAGAGAGAGCGAGACAGAGCGAGUGAGACAGAGCAAGGGAGAGAGAGAGUGAGAGCAAGGGAGAGAGAGAGUGAGAGCGAGACCGAGAGAGAGAGUGAGAGCGAGACCGAGAGAGAGUGAGACAGAGCGAGAGAGAGACAGAGCGAGAGAGAGACAGAGCGAGAGAGAGAGUGAGAGAGCAAGGGAGAGAGAGACAGAGAGAGCGACAGAGAGAGCGAGACAGACAGAGAGAGAGACAGAGAGAGCGAGACAGAGCGAGAGAGAGAGAGAGUGAGACAGAGCGAGAGAGAGAGAGAGACAGCGAGAGAGAGAGAGAGACAGAGAGAGAGUGAGAGAGAGCAAGGAAGGAGAGAGAGACAGAGAGAGCGAGACAGACAGAGAGAGAGACAGAGCGAGAGAGAGAGAGAGAGACAGAGCGAGAGAGGGAGAGAGAGAGAGAGAGAAAGAGAGAGAGAGAGGGCGAGAGACAGAGACCUGUGUCAUAUCACUAGGUCUGUCUGUCCUUGCAUCUAUCUCUGUCUCAGAACUAGCUCUCACAGUCUCACAUCAGAAUUAGACAUUCAUCCAUGUUUCUCUAACGUCAAAUUUCGAAGUUGUUGCAAACGUCAAAUUUCGAGGUGUAUAAGAUUAAGUUUAGACUUUAACUCCGAAUUUUUAAGGUUUAAGGUUAGGCAUUAACUCAGAAUGGUUAAGGUUAGGCAUUAACUCAGAAUGGUUAAGGUAAGGGUUGAGGUUUGGGAUAGGCUUAAAACAAAAAUCUCAAAAACAACUUUCCAUCACUGGAUUCAAACUUCAACCUUUGGAAUCAGAGGCAUCCCCAUCCACAACACCCUACCAAAACCGAAACCUACUUGAAGGUAACAGCGCCCACUGUUUAACAUAGUGUCCGGUUUCCACGUCAUCUCCCGACGUCCUCAGACAUGGAUGGACGUCGAAUACUGACUUGUAUCACGGGUGACCUGGCCGCUCAUAUCACCAGCCCUGUCAGUCUCGGUCUGUUUCAGAACAGUACAGUCAGUGCUAUAUCAGUAGGCCUAUAGGCAUCAGUCAUGAUCAAACCUGGAAGGCCAGGAGAUCUGGUUAACUCUAACCGUGUUCUAAAGUACUGGACGCACAACCAACAAUUUCCCAGGUGCAGGGUUUGAAAAGAAUAAAGCAAAGUCUGAAAAGGAAACAUAACGCUCAAACAGACUCCCUCAAUGGCUGAAUGAGAAUAAUGUUUUUUCUCCCUCAACCUGAGCUUCAGCAUUCAGCUUUUAUUGAACAGGGCUCUUGGGCCGCUUGUGAUCUACUAAUCAAUCUCAGAUCUGCUGACACACACACACAUGCACGCUCACACUCAAGCCACACACUCCCAUUCCCACCCUGUGUGAGUCUUGUUCAGGUUUUCUUUAAACUGCUGUGAGUUAAAAAUAAAAAUGCUGAUGUGACUCAGAAUGCAGGGACUGGAAUAGUACUGUGUGUGUGUGUGUGUGUGUGUGUGUGUGUGUGUGUGUGCGGCUGCUUCUGUGUGUGCUUGUGUGCAUGCGUGUGUUUGUGUGUGUGUUUGUGUGCGUGUGUGUGUGUGAUUGUCGGAUAGGAACCCUUGUUCCGAUCACUCAGAAUGCAGGGACUGGAAUAGUACUGUGUGUGUGUGUGUGAGUGUGUGUGUGUGUGUGUGUGCGGCUGCUUGUGUGUGUGCGUGUGUGCAUGCGUGUGUUUGUGUGUGUGUUUGUGUGCGUGUGUGUGUGUGAUUGUCGGAUAGGAACCCUUGUUCCGAUCACAGUAAACGGGAACAGAAGUGGGGCCACACCAUUCUUAGCCACUUGUCACUCACUGUUACAUAAUGAGGAGGAGUGUGUGUGUGUGUUAUAUGAGGUGAACGGAGGGGCGAUCCCUCACAUUGCACAUCAGCAGGAAAGCAAAUGUCCACCUCUGUUUCCUCACAAGCCAGAGAAAGAGAGUGGGAAGGAAGAGAGAGAGACCGAGAGAGACAGACAAAGAAAGAGAGAGAGCGAGAGAGAGAAGGAAGAGAGAGACAGAGGGGGAAGGAAGAGAGAGAGAGAGAGAGAGAGAGAGAGAGAGAGAGAGAGUGAGAGAUGCAAGAAAGAGAGAGAGAGACUCAAAUAUGUGUUCGCUUGAAUUAGUCGCAGUAUCAGACCUGCAGAGAUCCGUGUGUGUGUGUUUGUGUGUGUGUUCCCGCUGCCAUCAGUGUUGUCUCCCAGCUCUGCUCUACUGGACGUAUUAACUCCUAUGAGAAUCACCCUAAAAGAACAGUGUGUAUGUGUGUGUGUGUGUGUAUGCAUUUGUGUGUGUAUGUAUGUGUGUGUGUGUGUCUCACAGGACAGAGUGGUUCAUUCCCCACGGUGCCCUCUGUUCUGUUGAAGUCAUUGUUAUUUGUUGUUUUCUCUUAGUGAACUCUGGGAUACGAGGUCAGGGGUCACCAUCAGCAGUUUGGGAAUCCUGUUGUCCCCGUUGUUAAGAUGUUGUAGGAUUGUUGUGAGAUGUAGGAUCGUCAUGAGAUGUUGUUGGAUCGUUGUGAGAUGUAGGAUUAUUUAUGAAAUCUAGUUCUCCAAUGAAACAAGCAGAAAAAACGUCAAUAAAACGUAUGUCUAGCCUCCCGAGUGGCGCAGCGGUCUAAGGCACUGCAUCACAGUGCUAGAGGCGUCACUACAGAACCGGGUUCGAUCGCAGGCUGUGUCACAGCCGGCCGCGACCGGGAGACCCGUGAGGCGGCGCACAAUUGGCCCAGCGUCGUCCGGGUUAGGGGAGGGUUUGGCCGGCCGGGAUGUGCUUGUCCCAUUGUGCUCCAGCGACUCCUUUUGGUGGGCCGGGCGCAUGCACGCUGACUUCGGUCGCCAGUUGUACGGUGUUUCCUCCGACACAUUGGUGCAGCUGACUUCCGGGUUAACCGAGCAGUGUGUCAAGAAGCAGCGCGGCUUGGCAGUGUCGUGUUUUGUAGGAUGCAUGGCUCUCGACCUUUGCCUCUCCCGAGUCCGUAGGGGAGUUGCAGUGAUGGGACAAGACUGUAACUACCAAUUGGGGAGAAAAAGGGCUAAAAAAGUACCUAAAAAAACAUUACAAAUAAAAAAAUACUUAUUUCUUAGUUGCUGCGAGACGUUGUGUCAGUCCCAGACUGCGUCCAUUUGAACACAACAUCUGACUAUCAUUCCUAGAGAGGUAAACUGACUUAGUUCUUCGCUAGCAACACCCUAGAAACAGACAAGACUCCCCUGAGCCAUAGCCUCUCCCCUCAGGAGAGCUGUCUCUGCCCUGUGGGCACACACACACACACACUCACACACACGUACGCACAUACACACAUGCGCAUGCACACAUACAAAAUACAAACUUCCUAUAGGUUUAAACCAUGAGCCUGUAGGCAUUGGUUUGGUUUCGGAAGCUAACAACUCUCCAGAUCUUAGGUAGGUUUAUUUAUUUUUUGAGUUACAGAAAGGUAAUUAUGGAUGAUGAUGGUAAUGAUGAUGAUUACUUUGAUGAUGAUUACUUUGAUGAUGAUUAUAAUUCAUUUUUAUGAAUGACUCAUAUUUGAAAUACAUAAGCAAACACCACAACACACACACACACACACACUCACACUGCCUGAUUCCCUGUCCAAUGGGACAGAAGCACAUUGCUCGCUGAGGGACACAACAGCCUGCCAUCCCAGUGUGCAUUGCAGCAGAGUGGACGGCAGGUCAUCUACCCAAUGAGGUGAGAGGACCAUGUUACACACACCAUUACUCUACACACACACACACACACACACACACACACACACACACACACACACACACACACACACACACACACACACACACACACACACACCCCUCUCUUUGUCCUGUGAGGGUUGCUGGAGUACAGGAGAGGAGUUGUAUUUCACCUCACACUGAUGACUUAGAGAAUAAUUGAACCUGAAAGGAGAAAAACAGAGAGAGUGUGAGAGAGAGAGAAAGAAAGAGAGAGGGAGGGGGUGAGAGCGAGAAGGAGCAAGAGAGCGAGAGGGAGGGAGUGAGAGAGGGGGAGGUGGAGAGAGAGCGAGAGAGAGCGAGAGAGAGAGGGACAGAGUUAGGGAGAGAGAGAAAGAGACAAAGGGGGAGAAGGGGAGACGAAGAGGGAGAGGUGGAGAGAGACUAAGGGUGGGAGAAAGAAAAGUAGAUGGAGAGAGAAAGAGGAGUAGAGGAAGACAGAGAGAAAGAGGGAGAGAAAGAGAAAGAGGGAGAGAGAGAGAGAUUGAUGAGGAGGUCUUACAGUGUGAGCUGUAAGAGAGACAACUAGUUCAAUAAUCAAUCCCCUCUGCGAUACCCUGCAUUCUCCCUGUCAGCGCUGACAGGUAACUACAGGAAGUGGCAGCAUAGGUCAGAAGUAUCUGUUGAACAUUCUGACCAUCCUAAUCAGGGACAUCACCAAGGGUUCCUGAAUAGAACACAUAGAUUCUAGAACUUCUCUUUUCUCUUCAGUACCAGUGUUGAGGUCAACUGACCUCCGAUUUUGCGAGUGUGUGUGUAUGUCUGUGUGUGUAAGAGUGUGUCUGCGUGCAUGCAUGCAACAGUCUGUCAGUCUAAUCAGACUGUGAUCUGACAUCAUCUUGUGACUUGUCAACAGAGGGUGGUGAUGUAACGUGAUUUGACACACACAGACACACGCACACACUUGAUGGACGGAAGAGGUGAGCCCUUCACUCUCCCUCGCUGACAGACACACACACACACACACACACAGUAACCUUGUCACUGGAGACCUGACAGGGUCUGUCCCUCUCUGAUCCUGGGACAGGAUGGCGCAAUGUCUGUCCCAAACACUGCUCUUAGUUAAAGGACAUUCCCCACCACUCUGGCACAGCCGUAGCUUCUCUCUCUAUCCCUCUAUCUCCUUUCUCUAUUUGAGUCCCACUAAGAAGAAAUGUGUCUUCACACUGUAUGUGCAUCAUUCCAAAAGUUUUAGAAUGUUAUGUUAUUACUAUUUUCUACAUUGUAGAAUAAUAGUGAAGACAUCCAAACUAUGAAAUAACACAUAUGGAAUCAUGUAAUAACCUGUCACGAUCGUUGAGAGACGGGUCAGACCAAGGUGCAGCGUGAUAUGCGUACAUAUUUAUUAAGACGAGUAAACACUUGACAAAAUAACGAAAACGUGAAGUCCUAUGGGCUAUACACACAACAAGCCUAACAGGAACACAAACAAGAACCCACAACUAAGGUAGGCAACCAGGCUAUCUAAGUAUGAUCCCCAAUCAGAGACAACGAGCGACAGCUGCCUCUGAUUGGGAAUCACACCCGGCCAAACAUAGAAAUAUCAACCUAGAUCUACAACAUAGAAAUAUAAUAACAUAGAUCUCAACAGAAACUCACACCCUGACCCAACCAACAAGAGUUCUCUAGAUCAGGGCAUGACAGUACCCCCCCCCCCCCCAAAGGUGCGUACUCCGGCCGCACCAACCUGCCUCAUUAGGGGAGGGUCCGGGUGGGCAUUCAGCCUCGGAGGCGGCUCCAGCUCCGGGCGUGACGACCUCUCGUUCUCUGCCUCCCCGUUGCACCCCUGGUCUGGUCUGGACCUCAGCGCGAUGCUUCCCCUCUCCUUCCUCCCACGAUGCACCAAGCCCUGUCUGGACCCUGGAGUGGGAGACCCCGAACCUGGAGAGGGGCUGAUGUCUGGGCCUGGAUUGGCAAUCCUCCCGCGAUGCACCAAGCCCUGUCUGGACCCUGGUGUGGGAGGCCCCGACCCUGGAGAGGGGCUUACUUCUGGGUCUGGAGUGGAGCCGCUGACCGGAGCUGGACUGGGCACCGGUGGAGUGGACUGCUCAGGCUCCGGAGUGGAACUGCUGACCGGAGCUGGACUGGGAACACGCACCACUGGUCUGGUGCGAGGAGCAGACACGGGUCGUGCCGGACUGGAGACACACACCACUGGUUUGGUGCGGGGAGCAGGUACGGGCCGUACUGGACUGGAUACACGCACCACUGGUUUGGUGCGGGGAGCAGGUACGGGGCGUACCGGGCUGGCGACACGCACCACUGGUUUGGUGCGGGGAGCAGGUACGGGCCGUACUGGACUGUGGAGGCGCAAUGGAGGUCUGGAGCGUAGAGCUGGCACAACCCGUCCUGGCUGGAUGCCCACUUUCGCACAGCCCGUGCGGGGUGCUGGCACAGGACACACUGGGCUGUGAAUGAGCACUGGCGACACAGUGCGUAUCUCCGCAUACCUAGGUUCUUCAAUGAACACACGCUCCUUUUGUUGCCUGACCAGCUCCUCUCUCCGUGCCUCCACUAUUUCCUUCUCCCUGCGGGCCUCCUGCAGCGCCUCCUCUUUAAGGGAGCUCUCCUGCUAUAUUCUCCCUAUCAGCCCCCGUAAUGUGGUGGCCUCCUCUCUUAAAUUGCAGAUCCGCAGGUCUUGGAGUACCUCUAAAAUAGCGGCCUCCUCUUCUACAGUCAGCCCCUUCACGGCCUACUGCUGCCACGUCGUCCACCCAGUGUGCCCCCCCACAUUUAUUGGGGCUGCUUCUCGGGCUUUCUUCGUGACCGAGUCCCUUUAAUUCGUCGUUUCUCCUCUCCUACCCAGCCUUCUUCCUUCGCCCAGGGUCCUUUCUCGGAUACACUCUCCUUCAUUGCCUCCUGAUAACGGAUGGCCUCCUCCUCAGUAAUUCUCCCCCAACCGAGGAGGACAUCUACUAAGGUUACCUCCUGUUGAGUCCCAGGCGUUUGCUCCUUCUGGGCACGCUGCUUGGUCCUUUUAUGGUGGGAUCUUCUGUCACGAUCGUUGAGAGACGGGUCAGACCAAGGUGCAGCGUGAUAUGCGUACAUAUUUAUUAAGACGAGUAAACACUUGACAAAAUAACAAAACAACGAAAACGUGAAGUCCUAUGGGCUAUACACACAACAAGCCUAACAGGAACACAAACAAGAACCCACAACUAAGGUAGGCAACCAGGCUACCUAAGUAUGAUCCCCAAUCAGAGACAACGAGCGACAGCUGCCUCUGAUUGGGAAUCACACCCGGCCAAACAUAGAAAUAUCAACCUAAAUCUACAACAUAGAAAUACAAUAACAUAGAUCUCAACAGAAACUCACACCCUGACCCAACCAACAAGAGUUCUCUAGAUCAGGGCGUGACAUAACCAAAAAAGUAUUAAACAAAUCAAAAUAUAUUUUAUAUUUGAGAUUCUUCAAAGUAGCCACCCUUUGCCUUGAUGACAGCUUUGCACACUCUUGGCAUUCUCUCAACCAGCUUCAUGAGGUAGUCACCUGGAAUGCAUUUCAAUUAACAGGUGUGCCUUCUUAAAAGUUAAUUUGUGGAAUUUCUUUCCUUCUUAAUGUGUUUGAGGCCAUCAAUUGUGUUGUGAUAAGGUACGGGGGGUAUACAGAAGAUAGCCCUAUUUGGUAAAAAACCAAGUUCAUGUUAUGGCAAAAACAGCUCAAAUAAGCAAAGAGAAAUGACAGUCCAUCAUUACUUUAAGACAUGAUGGUCAGUCAAUACGGAACAUUUCAAGAACUUUGAAAGAUUCUUCAAGUGCAGUCGUAAAAACCAUCAAGCGCUAUGAUGACACUGGCUCUCAUGAGGACCACCACAGGAAUGGAAGACCCAGAGUUACCUCUGCUGCAGAGGAUAAGUUCAUUAGAGUUAGCAGCCUCAGAAAUUGCAGCCCAAAUAAAUGCUUCACAGAGUUCAAGUAACAGACACAUCUCAACAUCAACUUUUCAGAGGAGACUGUGUGAAUCAGGCCUUCAUGGUCGAAUUGAUGCAAAGAAACCACUACUAAAGGACACCAAUAAGAAGAAUAGACUUGCUUGGGCCAAGAAACACGAGCAAUUGACAUUAGACCGAUGGAAUAUUGUCCUUUGGUCUGGAGUCCAAAUUUGAGAUUUUUGGUUCCAACCGCCGUAUCUUUGUGAGACGGGGUGUGGGUGAACGGAUGAUCUCUGCAUGUGUAUUUCCCACCGUAAAGCAUGGAGGAGGAGGUGUUAUGGUCUGGUGGUGCUUUGCUGGUGACACUGUCUGUGAUUUAUUUAGAAUUCAAGGCACACUUAACCAGCAUGACUACCACACCAUUCUGCAGCGAUAUGCCAUCCCAUCUGGUUUGCGCUUAGUGGGACUAUCUUUUGUUUUUCAACAGGACAAUGACCCAACACACCUCUAGGCUGUGUAAGGGCUAUUUGACCAAGAAGGAGAGUGAUGGAGUUCUGCAUCAGAUGACCUGGCCUCCCGACCUCAACCCAAUUGAGAUGGUUUGGGAUGAGUUGGACCGCAGAGUGAAGGAAAAGCAGCCAACAAGUGCUCAGCAUAUGUGGGAACUCCUUCAAGACUGUUGGAAAAGCAUUCCAGGUGAAGCUGGUUGAGAGAAUGCCAAGAGUGUGCAAAGCUGUCAUCAAGGCAAAGGGUGGCUAUUUGAAGAAUUGUAAACACUUUUUUGGUUACUACAUGAUUCCAUAUGUGUUAUUUCAUAGUUUUGAUGUCUUCACUAUUAUUCUACAAUGUAGAAAAUAGUAAAAAUAAAGAAAAACCCUUGAAUGAGUAGGUGUUCUAAAACUUUUGACCGCUAGUGUAUAAAGUUGAAAUGUUUAAAAAGUCAAUAUUGCUGCACAGACUAGCAAAUUAUGCAGCUAACUACUGUUUAAAUCGAUUAAACUUAUUUUUCUUUAUAAUGGUGAUAACAUGUUCCAGGCUGAAAUCACAUUGAUCAGAAUAUUGGUUAGUUCUCUAAUUAUCUAUGUUUUUAUUGAUUAUUUCAAAAUAAUAUCUUCAGCACUUGGAGAAGCGUGUGAUUUCAGUGAGUGAGUGAGUACACAGUAUCCAUACUCACAUACGGAAAAUAGUCUCUAACAACAAACACAACUGACCGGCUUUUAAACAAUGGGAUGUGUGAUUGAAAAACCAGAAACAGGUGGUGCAAUGCAGAGGAAUGUCCACUGAUUGGUCCACCUCAGCAAUCAGCAGACACCCCAACGACCACCAAUCAGGAACAUACAGGACACCUGUGAUUAGGGCAGAAGGAGAGGAAAAACACAAAAAGACACCUGUAUCCGUAACAGAGGACGACACACAGCUGAACAUUUCAAUGAAAAAUGGUGAAGCCCCAAAAUUGCCUACCCUGAAAGCCUGUGUUUCAGACAUAAGGAAGUGGAUGGCGGCAAAUGUUCUACUUUUAAACUCGGACAAAAAAAGAGAUGCUAGUUUUAGGUCCAGAGAUCUGUUUUAGGAAACAGAGAUCUGCUGUUGGAUCUGACAAUUAAUAUUGAUGGUUGUACAGUAGUCUCAAAUAAAACUGUGAAGGACCUCGGCGUUACUCUGGACCCUGAUCUCUCUUUUGACGAACCAAGAUUCAAACAUGGGUCUUCUGUGUGCCACUUUACCGUGUUAGCCUUGUAAUCUAAAGCCUUAGCUUAGGCUAGGACACAAGUCUUCAUGUGUAAGGUUAAUCCUCUGAGACCUCUGGAUCGUUACAAGACUCUGUUAAUCCUCUGAGACCUCUGGAUCGUUACAAGACUCUGUUAAUCCUCUGAGACCAGCUGGGUCAUUACAAGACUCUGUUAAUCCUCGGAGACCAGCUGGGUCGUUACAAGACUCUGUUAAUCCUCUGAGACCUCUGGGUCGUUACAAGACUCUGUUAAUCCUCUGAGACCAGCUGGGUCGUUACAAGACUCUGUUAAUCCUCUGAGACCAGCUGGGUCGUUACAAGACUCUGUUAAUCCUCUGAGACCAGCUGGGUCGUUACAAGACUCUGUUAAUCCUCUGAGACCAGCUGGGUCGUUACAAGACUCUGUUAAUCCUCUGAGACCAGCUGGGUCGUUACAAGACUGAGUGACAUCUGCUGUGUCAGGCACCAUCCUCGCCAAGUAUAGAACUGCCUUAUUAACUAUUUAUCACAUUAGACACCACACACACUUAUACACACACACAAUCACACACACACACCUUCUCUCCUGAGACCUGGGAAAAUACCCACUGAAGAGGUUUGAGGUACAGGAGGGGAAAGAGAGAAUCUCUCUCCUCAUUCUCCACAACUCAGUGAAAUAAGAUCUGCCCACUUAACAUAUGUAGGAUAUAUGACAUAGAUAGUACAUAUUCCACAAAACCUCAAACCCUGUGAGUUGUCUCUCUCAUACCUCUCAUCACUCUAAUCAUAUCCAGUAACUGAAGUACUAGCAGGCUGGUCUGCUAUACCAGCUCUGACCACAAGAGGGUACUGCUGUCUCAUACUCUGCAGCUCAUGCUGGGUGUCCAGUAUAAUGGUGUAUGAGACAACAUGAGCUGUAUUUAUUCAAUAUGUGGCCAAAACAUGUCUGUUCUAUAAUGUUAUACUGAAUUUCUAUCCGAAUCAUGGUGAAUUAUUUUUGCUAACAAUAUAUAAAAGGUAACGCUUUUUGUUUUAUAUAUAUAUAUAUAUAUUUUUUUUUUUCUUCAGUUUAGUUUUUUCUUCAGUUUUUCUAUUAAAAGGUAACAGUUCUUAAACCAAUUAAUUGUAGACAAGUUUAUAAUUUAUCAUCCUUGUCUAGAGUUUAGCCCAGACAGAGCUGAAAACAAUUUAGAACUAAUAACUGUUUAUGUUAGCUUCAAGGUUUCACAGUAUCAGUCUAGAUUCUCUAUGGAAAGGAAAGUGGAAAGGAUAAGUCCUUGGGCUUUGUGUGCGUGUGCGUGUUGUUUCUGUGUUUUUAUACCCUAACCCUAAACCUAAUCCUUACCCUAACCCCAAAACCUAACCUUAACCCUAAUCCUAGCUACUAACCCUAAUCCUAAAACGAACCCUAGCUCCUUACCCUAAACCUAAUUUUAAUCUUAACUGCUAAAACUGCCAGCUGAUUCUAGCCAUCCCUUCUGGUUAGUUCUAGUCGGGCAGCUUAGUCUCCCAUUCAGAGGACCCCCACUUUUGCUAGUGUCUUAUUGGUCAAGGUCAUGUCAAAUACUUAUCACCACAUCUCGUUCAGCCUAUCAAUGGCCUUGGUGGGCGGCAGGUAGCUUAGUGGUUAAGAGCGUUGUGCCAGUAACCGAAAGGUCGCUGGUUCUAAUCCCCGAGCCGACUAGGUGAAAAAUCUGUCGAUGUGCCCUUGAGCAAGGCACUUAACCCUAAUUGCUCCUGUAAGUCUCUCUGGAUAAGAUCGUCUGCUAAAUGACUCAAAUGUAAAAAGAAUCCCAGCACGCUGUGUGGUCAGAAACAGGCUUUCCCCAUCCUGAUGAGCACUGGGUGUGUGUGACUCCCUCUGUCUUCUAGAGAAUGUUACUCACACACCAACAGUGGCCUUCAUGCAUCAUGAAAGAAAAGACAGUAAGGGAGAAAUUAUCACUGAACUGCAGAAUGGCAACUGUUUGUGUGUGAGUAACAUUAUCUAGAAGACAGAGGGAGUCACACACACCCAGUGUUAGGCCUGGUGACAUAAUCACUUCCAGGAGCAGUAAGGAGGUAAAUUCACAGCCACAUCUGUGUGUGUGUGGUGAGUUGAUCUGCUAAAUAGCUAGCUAAUCAAAUGGCUACCCGGACUACUUGCAUUGACCCUUUUCUGCACUAACUCUCUCUUACAAUGACUAAGUACACACACUGACACCCCAACGGCACACUUUCACACUCACCACAUGCUGCUGCUGCUGCUAUUAUCUAUCCUGUUGCCUAGUCACUUUACCCUACCUAUAUGUACAUAGCUGUCACACCCUGAUCUGUUUCACCUGUCUUUGUGCUUCCCCCCCUCCAGGUGUCGCCCAUCUUCCCCAUUAUCCCCUGUGUAUUUAUACCUGUGUUCUCUGUUUGUCUGUUGCCAGUUCGUCUUGUCUCAUCAAGCCUACCAGCGGUUUUCCCAUACUCCUGUUUUGCUCUAGCCCAGGGUUCUUCAAUUCCGGUCCUGGAGGGCCGAAACACCUCUGUUUUUCAUCCUCUCCUUCUAAUCAGGGGCUAAUUCAGACCUGGGACACCAGGUGAGUUCAAUUAACUACCAGGUAGAAAUAAAAAACAGAAGUGUUUCGGCCCUCCAGGACCGGAAUUGAAGAACCCUGCUCUAGCCCCUGUGUUCUAGUUUUUCCCGGUUUUGACCAUUCUGCCUGUCCUGACCCUGAGCCUGCUUGCCGUUCUGUACGUUGUGACACUGUUCUGGAUUACCAACCUCUGCCUGCCCAGACCCUGAGCCUGCCUGCCGUUUCUGUACCUUUCAGAUUCUGCUCUGGAUUACUGACCUCUGCCUGCCCUUGACCUGUCAUUUGCAUGUACCCCUGUUUUUGUAAAUAAACUUGCUAUUUCGAACUGUCUGCAUCUGGGUCUUGUCCUGAGUCGUGAUACGUAGCUACCUCAAUUACCUUGGACCCCUGCACAUGGACUCUACUGCUACUCCCUGUAUAUAGACGUUUUAUUUUUUACCCCUUAUUGUUAUUCAUUAUAUAUUUAUCCCUCGUGUCACUAUUUCUAUAUAUUACAUUUCUAUAUAUCUUUAACUCUGCAUUAUUGUGAAAGGACCCGUAAGUAAGCAUUUCACUGUUAGUCUUCACCUGUUGUUUACGAAGCAUGUGACAAAUAACAUUUGACUUGAUUUGGUUUGACAGCAACAGAUUAGUAAUAUCUAUUAUGUGAUUUGCUGCUGCUGUUGAAUACCUGAGGAUGGAUGUGGCCCACUGAGGUUAGGUAAGAUGGAGUAAAAAAGCUUACUUCAUUUCUUUCCAUUUUUGUAAUGAUUUGAACUGCAUCAGGGAUAGCGUACACACACAGACAUUUUGGCUUUGCAGCCUUCUUCAAUGUGUAGCUACAAAUCUUUUUAAUUCAAAACAGCAUUUAUAGGGUCCCCUGUAGCUCAGUUGGUAGAGCAUGGCGCUUGCAAUGCCUGGGUUGUGGGUUCGUUUCCCACGGGGGGCCAGUAUGAAAAAUGUAUGCACUCACUAACUGUAAGUCGCUCUGGAUAAGAGCGUCUGCUAAAUGACUAAAACGUCAAUAGGGAACACAGGUGCUUCUAAUCAGGGUUGUCACUCAUCUGCCAAUCAGGGAUGUGGCUUCUCCAAUGAUAGAGGCCUUUAGUGGCCAAAAGGCUGUAUUAGCAUGGACAGCGCCAUUGAGGGCUUCCACCAUUUUAACGUAGUCAACUGGGUGGGACUUCCAACUUCAUUGGCUGAUCCCUCCUGGUGACCCUGUUGGAGUCAUGUCCAACUGGGUCAUCAGGACAGCCAAUUGUGAAGAAGAAGAAAAUGUACUACUUUAAAAUGUAAAUAGCCUCAAUGGUGCUGCCCAUGCUGUCCCAGAUGCUAUAAUGGCACAGAUACAAAGAUGAGUCCUCUAUCCAUCUCUAUGGGCUUCUCUGGUCUACCUGUAUACAUGUUACAAUCACUAUGGCUGCAUUUAAACAAGCAGCCCAAUUAUGAUUUUUUCUCUCAAUAAUUGGUCUUUUGACCAAUCAGAUCAGCUGUGAAAAGAUCUGAUGUGAUUAGUCAAAAGACCAAUUAGUGGAAAAAAUAUCCGAAUUGGGCUGCCUGUCUAAACGCAGCUAAAGAAAUACAGAAUUAUAGGGUAUGGGAGCGGGCACCUACAGUAGGCCAAUUUGGGGUAUCAGGUGUGAAACGUUCAUGAAUCAAUUGCCUUAGGUGUCCGCUCACUUGGAUCAAUUAUAUCAAUUUAUGAGAUAGCUUACUACGAAGGACAUCCGGCUAGGCCAUUCAUCAAUAUGUGGGGAUAACUCAUAAUUAUAUGAAAAAUAUGAUAUGUACAGUGUUCUUGUAUGAGAGUCUAAAUUUGGCCUAUAGGAAGGAGGUCAAAUCUAGUUCUUCCUUUAAACCUUGUGGUGAUACAGAUCUUAAUUAUUGAUCCAAAUGGCUUCCCUUUGGAGUAAUUUGUUGUCGUGAUCACCUCUGCAUGGUGGAUAAACUUUUUAGAUCCUGACGCAACGCAAUUCAUUAAUAGAUUGGUUUUAUUCUAUAAAGUGUCUCGCAACUGGCAAGGUAAUAUCUUGAUGUCUGAUAACAGAUUUAUGUUCUCCAAGUCCUACUUUCAAGGCGCAGGAUGAUUUUUUUCCAAUAUAUAUAUUAUUACAAGAACACUGUAACAUAUCAAUAAGUAUUUUAGUAGUGAAUGUUAUACAUUACUUUAUCUCAUAGGUCCUAGAAGUCUGAGGGCAUACAAAGCUAGUACAUCAGCCAGGUCACUCAAGAUCCAUUUCAAAAUCUGACGUCCGCCCAGGUACCCAGGACAUCGGGAGAUGCCUACAAAUCCGGCCACUAGGGGCAACGGGCGCUAUUACCACCAAGUAGGCUUGGGUUAUGCUAGGGCGUUUUGGACAGGGGCUGCGGAUGGCCGUAAGCCGCGAGCUCUGGUUCCGAGGGUCUCUGGAGCAACUUCUACAUUUGAUGUUUGGACAAACGUGGACAAACGUCAGAAUCUGAAGUCAAAUUGGUCAGACCGUGAGAUCUUGUUGCAGCACAUUUCAUUAUGGUGCUACAUGAGGUACAUGAUCUACAGGGGAAACAUAUUUUUAUUCAUUCCUCUUUUCUCUCUCUGACCACAUCUGAUUUGAUCAACAUGUUUGAUAGAUUUGUUGAUCGUUUUAUAGGUAAAUAAAGGUGGAUUCUGAAAAGCAGAAUUUAAAGAGGUGUCUGAUGAUAGAACAUACCAUUGCUUAUUGACAAUAGACUUGAUGCCAUUACAGCUGUCAUUGAAAGUAAGUAUAUUGUUUCCAGAAAACUGUUCCUUCUGUUUGUGUUAGGAUUUAUUAAGUGGCUGGCUACUGUUCAAGCUUUUAACUUGACUGAGGUAGUAAACAUACACACACAGUAUUUCCAAAUAUGCAUCGUUUUUUCAUUGGAAUGUGCAUAGUCUGGGUGUAGUCUCUGUUCGUAACUCACCACAUUUAACACAACCAAAGGAGUGUGUGUGUGUGUAUGACCAUAAGAUGGCGUACCAGUGCUUCCCCUCCGUGCGGUAUCAAAGCGUUAUUUCCCUUGGACAAUCAGAGCCUCUGUUGCAAACACACACACAAAACUAGAGUUUCAAUUGGACAAAUUCAGGUAGGUCCUUCCCUGUUUUGUUCCGUUUGCUCUGUUUGAUUCCUUUUGGUUAAACAGUUUCUGUUACAAGACGUAAUGAAUACACCCCUGGAAUAGUCAUAAUGCAGUGACAGCUGUGACAUCAUUUUAGAGACAAAGAGAGAGUCUUUGUGGUUAACCAUAUAUAUGCUGAUGGUGUGUUUGUGAACACCAGACCACUAAUCACCCCUUUGGGAUGACCGGAAUGAUGCAGCAGUAUGUGUGUGUCUGUGUGUGUGUGUGUGUGUGUGUGUGUGUGUGUGUGUGUGUGUGUGUGUGUGUGUGUGUGUGUGUGUGUGUGUGUGUGUGCGUGCAUGUGUGAAUGCGUAGGGUGUGUGUAACCCUAACACGACAACACUGCUCACUGGUCAGAGCCUAGAGGACCGCGGGGUUUCCCUGGUUUGUAUUCAGGAAGUGACUGUUCACUGGCACCUGAUAGGCUACCUGUCCACUAGCAUCAACUCAGUUCAGCUCUGGGAAAUGACCUUUUGGAAACAGACUCGUCUGCCUGGUGACCUUUGAGAAUCAUGGUUAAAGUGUCAGAUAGUGUCCCACACGGCAUCUCACUACUGCUAAAAACCACCUUUUAGUUUUUCGUUUCCACUAGAAAUCUUGAAUGUCAUCUAUUAAACACAUGACGACUGACAGUGAAGACUGAUCUGUGACACAUAGACACCCACACAGGCAGGUUUAAUAUUUAGACAGAAAAGAGGAAGAGGACUAGAUCAGAGGAGGAAACGUCUCAAUUCUACUUUUAGAAACUUGAAAUAGUCUGUCAUAUGUCUGCCCUAUAUAAUACUGAGGUAUUAUGCUAGUAGGGACAUCUUGCUCUAGUUGGAACUUGUUGGAGUUUUCACCAUAACAGCUGGGGGUCAAUUUGGAAUUGGGUGCAUCUCUCUCUCUCUUGCCCUGCCCCCAAAUUCUCUCCAAACCUCUCCAACAUCCCCCUCUCUCCCAUCCCCCUCUCCCCCAUCCCAGAGUUCCCUUAAGGGGCUGACAGGGGGAUAAGAACACCCAUUGUCUUCCAAGCUCUCUACAUCCCUAGUCCUAGAAAUAGCCCCAUCCACUACACACACACACACACACACACACACACACACGCAUGCGCACACUGGUAUGAUGUGUGUAAUGCUUCAUUACCAUAAUUGAGAAAGAGUGUAAUGGGGUGAGGGAAAGUUGGCACACCCAAUGAGCUUUCAUUGAAGUGUGUUGUGUGUAUGUGUGUGAGCGUGUAUGUGUGUGCAGAUGUGUACAGGUGUGUGUGUGUGCGUGCCUGCGUGUGUGAAAAGCAGAAGAUAUAUUGUAGUUAAAUGAAUAGAAGAAUUACUAAUUGAUUCUACUCCAGCCCUGAGUGUCACAAAUAGGAUAUAAGGAGCCUAUUGGGGGCACUCACCGCGCCCCACACCCUCUCUCCCUCUAUAGCUCUCUAUCUAUCUCUCUCCCUCAAUCUCUCUCUCUAUCUCUCUCUGUCUCCCUCUAUCUAUCUAUCUCUAUCUCCCUCUCUCCAUCUAUCUAUCCUCUCUCCCUCUAUUUAUCUAUCUAUAUAUCUCCAUCACUCUCUGUGUCUCUCUCUCUCUAUCUCCCUCUAAAUAAAUAAAUGCCAUUUAGCAGACGCUUUUAUCCAAAGCGACUUACAGUCAUGCGUGCAUACAUUUUUUUGUGUAUGGGUGGUCCCGGGGAUCGAACCCACUACCUUGGCGUUACAAGCGCCAUGCUCUACCAGCUGAGCUACAGAGGGCCCUCUCUCUGUCUCUCUCUAUCUAUCUCCCUCUGUCUCUCUCUAUCUAUCUCCCUCUGUCUCUCUAUAUCUAUCUCUUUCUCUCUCUCUCUCUCUCUCUGUCUCUGUCUCUGUUUAGGUACUGGCUGUUCUAUUGUGUCUCUGAUUUUGUUCCCUCUUUAAAAGAAACAUUGAAGCCGUGUUCCUCUCUUCUCUUUUGGACAACCCAUUUGUUAACUACAACCCCCUCUCUCCCCCCUCCCUCUACUCCUCUCUACCUCCCCCUCCCCCUCCCUCUCUCUCCCCUCUCCCACUCUAUCUGGCUCCUGUUUAGAAGUCCAGCUGGCUAGUGGAGGUUACUGCAUGUCGCAGGAAUCCCUCUUUAUAAUAGACUAACCCCCUUAACACGGGACCGCGAACUACUCUCUGUUUUUAUUACCCCAACUGGCACGCUCUCUCUCAGACACGCACACACACACAAACACACACACACACACUACUCCCCCGCCUGGUGUCAGACAACAACAACAUUAGACUAACACUAGUGAGACACCUCUUCAGACACAAUGGGUCUGAAGAACUUAGUCAAACAGUAGUGUCAAAGCCUCCCACCCACUCUCUCUCAAUUCAAUUCAAUUUAAGGGCUUUAUUGGCAUGGGAAACAUAUGUUAACAUUGCCAAAGCAAGUGAAGUAGAUAGUAAACAAAAGUCAAAUAAACAAUAAAUAUUAACAGUAAACAUUACACUCAGACGUUCCAAAAGAAUGAAGACAUUUCAAAUGUGAAAUGUCUCUCUCUCUCACACACACACACAAACACACACACACACACACACACUCACACAGUAAAAUACUGUAGAACCUUUCUCUCUCACAUGUGUGGGAAGCAUCGUUGCCAUGACGGUGCCUGAGUCAGUGCGCAGCAUAAAACCAAGAGAGAGCGAGAGAGAUUUUUCACGCUGGGCUUUACAAUCAGCUCAAUCAGCAUAUGGUCGUAAGACGCUCAACUCUGAAACAUUGCAAAGAAGAAAACGACAGAAACAAAGGAGAGGAACGAUAGCGCGCUGAGAUACUGGUGUUGUUCGAAUGAGCUCAGUGAAGUCUCUCCCGGGACAUAGUAUGUAACGGGGGACGCACUAAACCGCACUACACCUGCUGCGGGCUAGACUAGAUGCAAGGGAGAGCGAGAGAGAGAGAGAGAGAGAGAUGUCUCGUUUUCAUUUUAUCCUUCGCGCUUUAAAGAGCUUGCCAAGUGAAUUCCACGUGAAGGAGAUUUCUGGGAAUAAUCGGCUGAUUGGAUAAGAAGGUUAUUCUGUGGAAAGAAAACAAACAACAAUGCCACACCGACGCACGGUUCAUUCCUGGCGCUGCCUCUUGUUCACGCGGACGUGCGGCAUUUCCCAGUUCAUUCCCAUUAUUGCAGAGUGUCAGUAGUAGGCGGUGACCGGAGCUGCCUGCCUGCUGCCGGUGUCUCGAGCUGAUCCGCUUCCUACAGCCUGCCCCCGGUGUAGAUAUGACUUCCUGGCUACAUAAAUACGGUAACCCGACUCUGCAUCGCGUGCUGCUCUGCGUGGUAUUGGCCGCUAACAUCAUCGGCGGGAACACUCAUUCCGGUGAGUGACAGAAUAUACCUGGAUAGGUAGGUUAGUCUACUGUGGAAUGAAUGCACUAAUAGAUGGAAACAUCAUCAUUGUGUGAAUGGGUGUGACAGAUGAAUUAGUGAAAUAAUCUUCAAGAAUGAAUGAACUGUCAGAUAAUGAUGAUAGCUAUAAAUGGCCCGCCAGUAGUCCUUGCUUGUCAAUGUCUCGGCUGGUCACUCGGCUGGUCAUCUGUCACCGUCCACAACGGAAUGUCACACUCGCACGUUUCAGUCGGUAACAAUCACAUAGGCUUAUCAACGCACUGCAUCUAUCAAAUACAUUUAUCAUACUGUUAUAUUCCCAGCUUUAUAUUAUACAUCUCUUCAGGCAUUCAAAAGGCAUUGGUUAUGUUUAUCAUGGUAUUUAUAUUUUUAUUGAUCUAUCAGGGAUGUGAUCAGCUUCGACUGAUCAGGUACUGAUGUAGCCUAUAGUGUUGUGUUAUCCAGCUGUAACUGGCACAGUAAUUAGGUCAGAGCUGUUUGUUAAUUCAAUAAUUUAUCAUUAAGUAUUUCACAAAUUAGUAAACUGAGACCUGCAGCAUUCCUCACAUGGCCUACAUUACUGAACAACACCAGUCUCACAGGGAAUACAUGGGAUCUGAGCCAUAGAUUGGCUUAGUAGUGGAAUUAGGUCCAUAGUUCUUAUGGAUGUGGGACAUUGUUUAGAAACACAAUAUACUCUACUGUCUGUAGAAUAAUUCGUCUGUAGAAGGACUAGUCAGAUUAAUGUGACUGCAUGGUGAUUACUGAGCUUGUGAAUAAAUGUGUGAAUGAACUACACUGAAGCACCUGUUCACGCACACACACACACACACACACACACACACACACACACACACACACACACACACACACACACACUGAUCUAUUGUGAGUCUAUGUUGUGCCUCUACAUUCCUGAUUUAAACAUGGUAAUUGACAGAGCCUUACUGCUGCAUGGUUAAUGACUGUUUACACAGUCAGUCUUUCAUGUGUUAAUUCUCUCUCCUCUCCUCUCCUCUCCUCUCCUCUCCUCUCCUCUCCUCCUCUCCUCUCCUCUCCUCUCCUCUCCUCUCCUCUCCUCUCUCUCCUCCUCCUCUCCUCUCCUCUCCUCUCCUCUCCUCUCCUCUCCUCUCCUCUCCUCUAUCCUUCUCCACAGGUGAGAGUGUGUGUUCGUCUCCUCCUGUCUCGUCGUGUUCAGAGUGCCUCCGACGCGGACCACAGUGUGCCUGGUGCUUUGAGGAGGUAAGAGAGAGUGAGAUGGGGAGAGAGCAAGUUGGGGAGAGAGAGAGAGAUGGAGAGAGAGAGAAGGGGAGAGAGACGAUGGGAGAGAGAGAGGAUAGGGAAGAGGAGAUGGGAGAGAGCGAGAUGGGAGCUCGAGAGACGGUCGAUCUGGUGAGUAGAGAUGGGAAGAGCCUAGAUGUGCGAGAUAGUAGUGUUGCCGAGUAGACGAAGGGGACACAGAGAGAUGAAAGAGAUCAGAGAGGGGUACACCAGAGAGUCAGAGAGACUAGAAUGUGGGACGAGAGACAGAGAGAGAAGAGGGACAGCGAGAGAGAAAGAGAGAGAGAGAAGGGGGACAGAGAGAGAGAGAGAGAGAGAGACAGAGAAUGGGGGACACAGAGAGAGAGAGAGAGAGAGAAGGGGGACACAGAGAGAGAGGGGGAGAGAGAGAGAGAGGGAGAGAAAGGGGACACAGAAAGAGAGAGAGAAGGGGAAACAGAGAGAGAGAGCGAGAGAGAGAGAGAGAGAGAGAGAGAGAAGGGGGACAGAGAGAGAGCGAGAAGGGGGACACAGAGAGAAAGAAUGGAGAGUGACGAGUACAGCAUUCACAUUCCUCUGUAGAGAAGCAGCCACUCUUUGAUGUUGUUUAGGGAGGUGUAUAAUGUGUGUGUUCAACAGCACGUUAGUGUGUGUGUGGUGUGUGUGUGCGGUGUGUGUUUGUGUAGGUGCUCUCUCUGACAUGUCGCCAGAUAGAUUAGUGACAAGGCCAGUUGUGAUUGGUAAUUUAAACACUUCUACAGGCUCUGGCUCUAUCUAUGUGUUUAGUCUGUCAUAGAUAAUGCACACACACACACUUUCAUACACACACCCUGGUGAUAACCCUUCCCUGGUGUGUGUGUGGGUUCUGCCUUAAUCCUGGGUUCUCGUAAAGUGCCAAUCUGACCCAAUAUGUGACCAUGAGAACCUGUAAACUAGCACAUCACGACCUCCUGAAGACAACACACACACACACACACACACACACACACACACACACACACACACACACACACACACACACACACACACACACACACACACACACACACACACACACACACACACACACACACACACACACACACACACACACACACACACACACACACACACACACACACACACACACACACCUUAUCAUUACCUGGGUCACUAGUCUUGAGACCUUGAGUGUGUUUGCUCACUGGUGUUUGAAUUGGAAAGCACCCCCCCCCACACAUACACCCUGUCUUGGAGUGGGGUAGCUCAUUCUGAAAACCCCUCCAACACACACUGUUAGUUUCAGUUAGUACCAGUCUAUUGGGUCUGUUGGUAGGAAAGUCCCUGUAUGACUGUGGUUUAGAGGGACUUAACAGUACCAAAGUUUGAAGUGGGCCGGAGCCGACCACUACGGAGGGCGGGUUUCCCAGACACAGAUUAAAUCCAUACUCAAUUGAACAUGACUCAUAGUUCGGACUGCCUCUUAGACUAUGUUUUACUGCUUGAUUACAGACACCUCUUAUAGAAUAUUUUUAUUGAAUAUUGGCUCUGGUGUAUGUUCAGGCCUAACUCUUCAUAGCAGUAUUUACUGUUGUUUUGUUUUGUGUCAGUAGUACCAGGGUAUCAGAGGUCUGUUGUCUUGUGUCAGUAGUACCAGGGUAUCAGAGGUCUGUUGUUUUGUGUCAGUAGUACCAGGGUAUCAGAGGUCUGUUGUUUUGUGUCAGUAGUACCAGGGUAUCAGAGGUCUGUUGUCUUGUGUCAGUAGUACCAGGGUAUCAGAGGUCUGUUGUUUUGUGUCAGUAGUACCAGGGUAUCAGAGGUCUGUUGUUUUGUGUCAGUAGUACCAGGGUAUCAGAGGUCUGUUGUCUUGUGUCAGUAGUACCAGGGUAUCAGAGGUCUGUUGUCUUGUGUCAGUAGUACCAGGGUAUCAGAGGUCUGUUGUUUUGUGUCAGUAGUACCAGGGUAUCAGAGGUCUGUUGUCUUGUGUCAGUAGUACCAGGGUAUCAGAGGUCUGUUGUUUUGUGUCAGUAGUACCAGGGUAUCAGAGGUCUGUUGUCUUGUGUCAGUAGUACCAGGGUAUCAGAGGUCUGUUGUCUUGUGUCAGUAGUACCAGGGUAUCAGAGGUCUGUUGUCUUGUGUCAGUAGUACCAGGGUAUCAGAGGUCUGUUGUUUUGUGUCAGUAGUACCAGGGUAUCAGAGGUCUGUUGUUUUGUGUCAGUAGUACCAGGGUAUCAGAGGUCUGUUGUCUUGUGUCAGUAGUACCAGGGUAUCAGAGGUCUGUUGUUUUGUGUCAGUAGUACCAGGGUAUCAGAGGUCUGUUGUCUUGUGUCAGUAGUACCAGGGUAUCAGAGGUCUGUAAUCCUCUUUGACCAGCCACUCUAAAGCCCUAAACCAUGACACAGUUGACACAGUCCAACUCACAGAAGUGGGUUUCUAUACUGGGAUUAUUGUCUGUGUUGUGUUAUGUCACUGCAAGGCACUGCCCAGCUUCUAAACAAUAAUUACAACUCACACGCACACAGUCCUACGUCCUCAGUUUAAUCUCUUCUAUUUCCAGUUAUACAACUAAACAUACAGUCAACUGACUCGAUUUCUAUUCAGGCAAUUCAGGAGAUUAAAAUCCCAUUUCAAGAAAAUCGAAAAUGAAUGGUAAUAACCUACAUCACUUACAGAGUUAGUUACAGUGUAAUUACACUUGCUAUAUAGUACACCUCUCCUGAAUGGAGUGAAUUGAAAUAGGAAUUGACCCCUGAUAUAACGUCCAGUGAGAACGGUAUGGGCCCUGAUCUCUAACCCCUGACCCCUGACCUCUGACCCCUAACAGGGUUUCCUGGAUGGAGCAGAGAUGGGAGAGCGCUGCGACUUGGCUGGGACCCUGGCAAGGAGGGGGUGUGACCUAGAGUUCAUAGAGCAUCCAGAGGUCAUGGUGGAGGUCAACGCUACGACCAGCAGCACUCAGGUGUCACCUGGAGCGAUCACCAUCACACUCAGACCAGGUGAGGGGCAGAGUAUAGCUGCCACUGAAUAACUCACUGAAUGCUGACUGCACAUAGUCCUGUUAUACUGUACGUCUUGAUGUACGUCUUUACCAGUUAUUUGCUGAAUGUUGUACAUACACUGAACAAAAAUAUAAACGCAACAGAUGUUGGUCCCAUGUUUCAUGAGCUGAAAUGAAAGAUCCCAGAAAUGUUCCAUACACACAAAAAGCUUAUUUCUCUUAAAUGUGGUGCACAAAUUUGUUAACAUCCCUGUUUGUGAGCAUUUCUCCUUUGCCAAGACCAUCCGCCUGUCAGGUGUGGAAUUUCAAGAAGCUGAUUAAACAGCAUGAUCAUUACACAGGUGCACCUUGUGCUGGGAAAAAUAAAAGGCCACUAUAAAAUGUGCAGUUUUGUCACACAACACAAUGAUUCAGAUGUCUCAAGUUUUGAGGGAGCGUGCAAUUGGCAAGCUGACUGGAGGAAUGUCCACCAGAGCUGUUUCCAGAUAAUGUAAUGUUAAUUUCUCUACCAUAAGCCGCCUCCAACGUCGUUUUAAAGAAUUUGGCAGUACAUCCAACCGGCCUCACAACCGCAGACCACAUGUAUGGUGUCGUGUGGGUGAACGGUUUGCUGAUGUCAACGUUGUGAACAGAGUGCACCAUGGUGGCGGUGAGGUUAUGGUAUGGGCAGGCAUAAGCUACGGACAACGAACACAAUUACAUUUUAACGAUGGCAAUUUGAAUGCACAGAUAUACCAUGACGAGAUCCGGAGGCCCAUUGUUGUGCCAUUCAUCCGCUGCCAUCACCUCAUGUUUCAGCAUGAUAGUUGCGUUUAUAUUUUUGUUCAGUAUAUUGUCCUGAGCUAGGGCUGUGGCGGUCAUGACAUUUUGUCAGCCGGUUAUUGUUAUGCCUUUGGAACAUCUACAUUUAAAAAAGUUAAAUAAAUCACAAUCGCAAUAAAUCCAAUAUUUAUUUUAGUCAGUUCUAAAGAAACAUUAUGAUAUGAAGAAAAUGUAUUUCAGAAGAACAGAAUAUGAGUUGGCCUACUGUAUGUUAUCUGGCUAUGCGCCAUGCCAUAAGAUAUACUUAUAAGUCCCGUGCCAUUAUUUUAUAUUAUAUGAUUUUAUAGUGAGAAGAAUAUAAUUGAACUGAAUAAACAGAAAGGAUAUUUUUCCCAUUCCAGAGACAGUGUUCAUAUGAAGUGGCUAUGUUGAGCGUAACUGUGAUCAUUUGAAACAGGUCCUAUAUGCUAGAUUUAGAGUUAUUUGGCAACAUUAGUUGUGAAUGAUACAAACCUUAGAAUGUCUUAGAAAUCAAAACAUAUAUGGGCUGCAUGGUGCGACUAUAGCCUAUUGAUGAUUUGAGAAAGUUGCAAAAAAAGCUUGCGCUCUGUUCCUUGCCUCAGGCUGCACAGCUGUUCUCUCAUCAUUCAUAUUUUCACCCAUCAGACUAUUCUCAAUUUAAUUCUGUCUUUACUAAUAUGUAAAAUUAGUUUCGAUUUAGAAUGGCCCAUUAUGAAAUGGGCAGGAACAGGGGCAGGGUAAAAAUACGUACUCUGUAUGCACUCGAUUAGCGAAUGUAGGCCGUGCACUUUCCCGCUGGUCCUUUUUUCAAUGAUGUCUGGUAUGCUACUUCGGUUUUUAUAGCGGAGCUGUGCUUAGUAUGAGCUGCUGAGAAAUAAAUAUAAGAACACUUAUUUCACUCCACGCAUCAACCACUGUUUGAGAAGCGUGCUCUUGCUGUGCAACAGGUGAAAUUCCGCCCCAACUCUAAAUGCCAUGGGCUUUCCAACCCUGUUCCUGCAGCUACCCAGUGCUUAAUUUGGGAAACCAAGUGAAGUCUGUUCGGGAACAUCGAUAGUGACAAGUUUUUGCAACAAAUCAUAUUUCACAAAACUGUUGACAGCCCCUCUGCACGGUUGAGAAAGGAAUAAAGUAGAGAGGAGGAGAUUGAAACGCAUGGUGGUGAGAUAUUAUGUAUAGCUAAAGGUAAUGUGCCACCCAAUUAAUUAUGAAAAUAGAAAAAAAUCCCUAUUACUAGGCUAUUCAAAAUCAAAUACAAAUUCACUAUAAUUGUAGGCUGCCUGUAAGCCGCCCUGCACAAUCAAUGAACCAACAGCAUGGCCUAGGGCUAUAUAUGUUCUCUCCCAGACUCAUGGAUAUACAUUUUGGAGCAUAGCAUAAGGUAACCAGUCCAUCCAGUAUGAAUAAUAAUACAGUCCACAUUCAAAGGUGAUUACUCAAAUUUGUUUAAUUUUGGAGAAUAGGCUAGACCAAUUAUGUACCAAAGACAUCUUAAAUCAGUUCUGUUUUAUGUUUUUCUGCCAUGCGUAAUAUGCAGUAUGCUAUGUAUUGUAUAAAGGCACAAUCAUAAUUUUUAUUCCGUUUUUUUUUGGUCUUGGUCUCAUAAGCCUAUGCAUAAGCUCUAAUAUGCAUAUGGGUGUUUUGAAUUAAUGAAUCAUCACCUUAGAAAGCGCUGUCCAUUUCAUUGUGUUCGGCUUUGAAACAACAUCCACAAUGACUAUGUUUUCCACUCAGUUUCAACCUGCUGUUGAACUUCUUUCUUCAAAUAGAUCAUCACAGUGAGGUGAGUUUUAAAAGCACAUGCUGUUUUGAUGAUAAGUGUUAGAUGUGAUUUCCAAUUACAUUUGCAUUGAUGUCAGAGUGGUUAGAGGGCCAAUAGAGCCCUGAGUAACAGGCCAUUAGGAUCUGAUGGUCGUUAGCGAGUUGGGUACUACCAAAGCAUGUUCAGAGUGCAUAAGAGGAGAUUACCAUGACUAAACGGUCACGUGGAAUUUUACUGCGGUCAUGACUCAUGACUGCCGGUGUGGCGAUAAUACGAUCACCGCAACAGCCCUAUCCUGAGCUUUAUUUCCCAUUUUUACUGCUGCUUUUAUUGCAAGAACUCUGGUGAGUGAUAUUUCCAAUGGUUGUUUUAUUCCAAAUAAACAUGAAACUGUGUGUAGGUGCUGAGGCCAGUGUGAUAGUAGAAUAAACAUGAAACUGUGUGUAGGUGCUGAGGCCAGUGUGAUAGUAGAAUAAACAUGAAACUGUGUGUAGGUGCUGAGGCCAGUGUGAUAGUAGAAUAAACAUGAAACUGUGUGUAGGUGCUGAGGCCAGUGUGAUAGUAGAAUAAACAUGAAACUGUGUGUAGGUGCUGAGGCCAGUGUGAUAGUAGAAUAAACAUGAAACUGUGUGUAGGUGCUGAGGCCAGUGUGAUAGUAGAAUAAACAUGAAACUGUGUGUAGGUGCUGAGGCCAGUGUGAUAGUAGAAUAAACAUGAAACUGUGUGUAGGUGCUGAGGCCAGUGUGAUAGUAGCAGUACAGCAGUUGGAGAGGUAUCCUGUUGAUCUGUACUACCUGGUGGACGUAUCAGCAUCCAUGCAGGAAAACCUGGACCAGGUGAGUGACUGGUUACCUAUCUACGUAAUCUAUAGAACCUACAGUACAAUGUUUUUACAAUACAACUCUUAGCACUUUUAAUUCUCGAAAUAAACUUUGAUAAGAUUUCAGCUGAAAUAGAUUGAUUUAUGAAGACAUUUGUUUUAUUACCUGGGCUAGGUAAGUGUUUACUCUUUACCGUGAUUGGUUGGGUGUACAGUAUGUAAAUCUCCCUGAUGUUUCCCUAUUGGUGCAGCUGAAGACGGUGGGCGUGGCCUUGUCCCACCGUAUGAGAGAACAUUCCAGUGAUCUGCGUCUGGGGUUCGGCUCCUUCGUUGACAAACCUGUCUCCCCCUACAUCAACGUACACCCCUCUAAGAUAAAUAACCCCUGCAGGUAGGGUGGGGGACACACACAGACACACCAACUCAGACACACCAACUCACUGACAGAACCCUUUCAAGUUGCUGGACUACCGGUAUCUUCAUUCUUUCAAUGAUAAGUGACUCUCCCUCUCUCCCCGUCCCUUCCGCCCCCGCCCCAUUCUCUCACAGUGACUUUGAGGUGAAGUGUCGACCAGCCCAUGGCUUCCACCAUGUUCUUAGUAUGACGGCAAACAUGUCUGAGUUUACACGCGUCAUCAAGAGACAGAGGAUAUCAGGCAACAUGGACACACCAGAGGGAGGGUUAGAUGCUAUGCUGCAAGCUACUGUAUGCCAGGUAGGUACUGCAUGUGUGUGUGUGUGUCUGUGUCACGCUCGUUGAUAGACAGAUCAGACAAAGGUGCAGCGUGGUAUGCGUACAUAUUCCUUUAUUAACUGAAUACCGAUCAAAACAACAAAAUACAAACAAACGUGAAGUUCAACAGGCUACACAAACACAAGCCAACACAGAAACAAGAUCCCAUCACUAAGGUAGGCAAAAUGGCUGCCUAAGUAUGAUCCCCAAUCAGAGACAAUGAUCGACAGCUGCCUCUGAUUGGGAACCACACCCGGCCAACAUAGAAAUACAAAAUCUAGAAUUUACACCCUGACCAAACCAACUAGAGAAAACAGGGCUCUCAAGGUCAGGGCGUGACAGUCUGUGUCUGUGUCGGUGUGGGUGUGUGUGUGUGUGUGUUUAGUGCCCCCUGCAUGCUUUGACUCAGACCCCCAUUCGAGAAGGCAUCCCAUACCUUCGCGAUGAUGUCACUCACUGAAGAGGGGUGUGUGUGAGUGUGUGUGUGUGUGCGUGUGCAUGUCCGUGCAGUUGUGCAUGUGUGGGCAAUUGUGUGUGUGGGUGUAAGUGUGUGUGAGUGUGUGUGAGUGAGUGAGUGAGUGUGUAUGUAUCAGGGAGAAUGCUGGCAUGCUGGGUCAGCAAUGAGUAGUGCUGCUGGCAUCUACUGGCACCAUCACUGGGGUAUGACACACACACACAAACACACACACACACAGUGGAUGAAACCAUCAAUGUGGAAUAGGACCCUUCAGGGGACCUGAGUCAGAGCUUACAGGGGGUACACACACUCACUCCGUCCUCUCCUCACUUUCUUUCCCAGUAGCUCAUACAGUGGGUGACACCAUCUGUGUGGAAUGGCAGGCUACACUUUUUAUGGACCCUUUCUUUCCAGUAGCUUAAAAUGAAUUGACUUAUCCUGACUGAUCAGGAAAUGAUUGAAUAGACAAUGAGAUGAAAAUAUAAUACGAAUGAAUCUCCCUUCCCUUUCUUCCUGUAUUUCUUUCUUUCUUUCUUUCUUUCUUUCUUUCUUUCUUUCUUUCUUUCUUUCUUUCUUUCUUUCUUUCUUUCUUUCUUUCUCUCUCUUUCUCCCUCCUCCACCUCCUCUCUACCCUCUCUCUUUCUCUCUCCCCCCUCUCUCUCCCCUCCUCUCUUUCUCUCUGUCAGGGUGAGGUGGGUUGGCGUGGGGAGGCCAAGCGUCUGUUGUUGUUGAUGACAGACCAGCCUUCUCACCUGGCGUUGGACAGUAGACUGGCUGGCAUAGUCACACCCCACGACGGCCACUGUCAUCUGGAGAACAACAUCUAUAUGGAGAGUACUACCAUGGUGAGACACAGACAUACACAUACCGGAGAACACGCACAUCAAUAUACACCUAUACACACCUAUACACACCUAUACACACAUAUACACACCGAGAGUACACACCAAACACACCCGAGACACACCGAGACACACCGAGACACACCGAGACACACCGAGACACACCGAGAACACCGAGAGAACACCUGAGACACACCGAGACAACACCGAGGACACACCGAGAUACACACCGAGACACACCAGACAACACCGAGACACAACCAGAGACACACCGAACACACCGAGACACACCAGACACAACACACCGAGAGAACACCGAGACACACCGAGACACACCAGAACACACCGAGACACACCGAGACACACCGAGAGACACACCGAUACACACCGAGACACACCGAAUACACACCGAGACACACCAGGACACACCAUAUGACACACCGAUACACACCAGAUACACACCAUAUACACACCUAUACACACCUAUAACACCAUAUACACACCUAUACACACCUAUAUACACCUAACACCUAUACACACCUAUACACACCUAUAUACACCUAUAUACACACCUAUAUACACCUAUAUACACACCUAUACACACCUAUAUACACCUACAGUGAGGGAAAAAAGUAUUUGAUCCCCUGCUGAUUUUGUACGUUUUCCCACUGACAAAGAAAUGAUCAGUCUAUAAUUUUAAUGGUAGGUUUAUUUGAACAGUGAGAGACAGAAUAACAACAAACAAAUCCAGAAAAAUGCAUGUCAAAAAUGUUAUAAAUUGGUUUGCUUUUUAAUGAGGGAAAUAAGUACUUGACCCCUCUGCAAAACAUGACUUAGUACUUGGUGGCAAAACCCUUGUUGGCAAUCACAGAGGUCAGACGUUUCUUGUAGUUGGCCACCAGGUUUGCACACAUCUCAGGAGGGAUUUUGUCCCACUCCUCUUUGCAGAUCUUCAUUAAGGUUUCAAGGCUGACGUUUGGCAACUCGAACCUUCAGCUCCCUCCACAGAUUUUCUAUGGGAUUAAGGUCUGGAGACUGGCUAGGCCACUCCAGGACCUUAAUGUGCUUCUUCUUGAGCCACUCCUUUGUUGCCUUGGCCGUGUGUUUUGGGUCAUUGUCAUGCUGGAAUACCCAUCCACGACCCAUUUUCAAUGCCCUGGCUGAGGGAAGGAGGUUCUCACCCAAGAUUUGACGGUACAUGGCCUUGUCCAUCGUCCCUUUGAUGCGGUGAAGUUGUCCUGUCCCCUUAGCAGAAAAACACCCCCAAAGCAUAAUGUUUCCACCUCCAUGUUUGACGGUGGGGAUGGUGUUCUUGGGGUCAUAGGCAGCAUUCCUCCUCCUCCAAACACGGCGAGUUGAGUUGAUUCCAAAGAGCUCGAUUUUGGUAUCAUCUGACCACAACACUUUCACCCAGUUCUCCUCUGAAUCAUUCAGAUGUUCAUUGGCAAACUUCAGACGGGCCUGUAUAUGUGCUUUCUUGAGCAGGGGGACUUUGCGGGUGCUGCAGGAUUUCAGUCCUUCACGGCGUAGUGUGUUACCAAUUGUUUUCUUGGUGACUAUGGUCCCAGCUGCCUUGAGAUCAUUGACAAGAUCCUCCCGUGUAGUUCUGGGCUGAUUCCUCACCGUUCUCAUGAUCAUUGCAACUCCACGAGGUGAGAUCUUGCAUGGAGCCCCAGGCCGAGGGAGAUUGACAGUUAUUUUGUGUUUCUUCCAUUUGCGAAUAAUCGCACCAACUGUUGUCACUCUCACCAAGCUGCUUGCCGAUGGUCUUGUAGCCCAUUCCAGCCUUGUGUAGGUCUACAAUCUUGUCCCUGACAUCCUUGGAGAGCUCUUUGGUCUUGGCCAUGGUGGAGAGUUUGGAAUCUGAUUAAUUGAUUGCUUCUGUGGACAGGUGUCUUUUAUACAGGUAACAAGCUGAGAUUAGGAGCACUCCCUUUAAGAGUGUGCUCCUAAUCUCAGCUCGUUACCUGUAUAAAAGACACCUGGGAGCCGACUCUUUUCUGUUGGGGACAAAUUUUCCUCUAAUGCAAUCUUUACUUUGUCAUGAGUUUUGGAUUUGAUAUUUGUCUCUCUCGUCAAAUCUCCAGGAAAUAAUGCAUUCUUUGCUGCAGUGGCAAACUAUACAAAACCAGGGACAAUCUUUUCCCACUAUUAUACACACCUAACAACACCUAUCAACCUUUACACUAUAUGCAAACUUAUUCCACUCUUACAAUCAAUGACAAACUGACAUCAUUCAUGAACACCAUGAAUCACAAACCACCUAGUAAUCACCGAGUAUCACACGGACACACCAAUACACCAGAUCACACACCGAUAUAUCACCGUAUACACCCUAUAUGCACACACCGAUACGACCUACACACACUAGAUACAAAACGAACAACAUACACCACUAUACACAACCAACACACCGAUAACACACACAGACACACCUAGACAAAACCGAGACACACCAGAACACAACCAAACCACCAGAACAAACAACCAUACCAAGACACACCAGACACAACGAUAGACACACCUAACACACGCGAGACACACCUAGUAACACACCGAUAACCAAACCAAGACACCCAGACAACAUACACACUAACACAUACACCUAACAAACCUAACACACCAGAUAACACCAUAUAGAACUAUCACAAACCGAUACACACCAGAAACCAUCCAACCUAUACACACCUAUACUACACCUAUAUGCAACAUAUUACACACCAAUAUACGCACCUAAUGCACCUAUAUACACACCUAAAACACAACCUGGGCACCUAUUACACACUGAUACACACCCAUAUACACCUAUACACACCUAUAUACACCUAUAUACACCUAUACACACCUAUACACACCUAUACCACCUAUACACACACACAUACUCACACUACCAUGGUGAGACACACUCGCACAGGCAUGUCCACAGACACCUAUAUGCACGUGGAGAACACACACUCGUGCACGCAAACACACAAACAAAUACACCUAUGAACACAUGGUGAACACACACAUACACACAGAGAACACCAACAUGGCUUGUCUAUCUGUUUCUGUUAGGACCAUCCCAGUUUAGGCCUGCUGGCCGAGAAGCUUCUAGAGAACCACAUCUACUCUCUCUUUGCUGUGGAACAACUACAAUAUCAGUGGUAUGAGGUAAUCUCUCUACACACACGACUCUCUCUUUGCUGAUCUCUCACACACACAAACCCAUCGCACACUCAUUAAUUAACAUUGUCUCAAACUGAGGACCCCAGACUCUGUGUCCCUUUCUCUCUGGCCCUGGAGUUAACAUCUCUCUCUCUCUCUCUCUCUCUCUCUCUCUCUCUCUCUCUCUCUCUCUCUCUCUCUCUCUCUCUCUCUCUCUCUCUCUCUCUCUCUCUAACUAUCUCUCUCUCUCUCUCUCUCUCUCUCUCUCUCUCUCUCUCUUUCUAGGAGUUGGUCAGGUUGCUACCAGGCUCUAAUCUUCUGUUCCAGGCUCCCAACCUUAUAGACGUGGUGGUGGACGCAUACAAGGUAACACACACACACAGAAACGAAAAAACACUGAUGGGAGCGGGACGUUGUUGGGUGGGUGGAGGAGUAAGGGGAGGGUGAAGGUUUGGCAUGGCCCAGUAUAAUCUAUCACACCCCGGGGCACAGAACAAACCAUUGCUCUGUACGGGAAUCUGCCAACUCCACAGAUCUGCACACUCUGUCUGUACACACACACACAGACACACACGGAUACACACACACAAACACACACACACACACAGUGAAUCCGCAGAACAGAGCCUGGCAUUAUUAAGGCUAUCCCUUCUCCACGGUAACACAGUCUAAUCACCGACGAAUACAAAGACACUAUUUUUAGACCUGCCUCCUUCUUUCCCAUCAGCCUCUCUGUUGAUCAGAGGACCGGAGAACAAUGGAGGCUUUCUGAGGACAUGUGACAACCUGUUCUCUCUCCAUCUCUCUCUCUCUCUCUCGCUCUCCCUCACCCUCUUUCUCCCUCACCCUCACCCUCUCUCUCCCUCACUCUCUCUCUCCCUCUCUAUCUCUCUUUCCACCACUCUCUCUCGUUCUCUCUCCAUCUCUCUCUCCUCUAGAGGUUGUUGUCAGUUGUCCAGGUGUCCGUGUCAGUGGAGGACAGAGCGUUCAGUCGUUUCCUGGUCAGUGUCUCUCCUCUCUGUCCGGAAGGAUCUGUAUCCCACGACAACCGCAGCUGCUCCAACGUCCAGCCCAACCAGACGGUACACACACACACGCAUGCUCGCACACAAACACACACACACUCAAGCACGCACGCACUUGUCAAGUGGCGGUGGGUCUGUGUGUGUAUACAUGCGUGCGUAUGUAUGUGCAUGUGCGUGUUUCUUACAGAGGUAGGCAUAUUAGUGAAUAAUCUGAUCUGAGUAGAUUAUGACUCAACACAUUAACUUGUCAUUUGAUUAUCAGCUGACCUGUUGUUAUUGUUUAUGAAAAGCUCCUUUAUCGGAUAUAUUAUUUCAGCAUAUACAAUCUUAGGAGCAAAGUCUGAAUUUUCUCAUAGUCUCCCAUUGAAGUAAGUUAGGAUUCACCCCUUACAGUAAGGAUUCACCCCUAACUCAUGAAAAUAGUGUUUAAGCACAUCCCUCCGCUGUGUGUGAUGAUGCCAUAUUGCUGAGUCUACCUUUAAAUGUAUGAAUAGGGCCAAUGUCUUGAGGUUGAAUGUCGGCUCUGCUCGCUAUAACUCUAACUCUAGUCUACUCUCUACUCAUUCUAUUUCUAUGUAGGUCUACUUCAACAUCACCAUCGGCCUGCACUCCUGUCCUGACGAUCAUGAUGAUGAAGAUGACGUGGUCCAGGUCUUCGUCAGGCCCGUGGGUUACAAUGAGUCAGCCAUCAUCAAGGUUCACUCACGAUGUCGCUGUCACUGUGGACCGGACUGGCGUUGCCACGACGAUACCACACAUCAGUCAACGUGUGGAGAGGACACCCCAGAUACAGACCAUAAUAAUCAAGACUUGAACAAUCCGGACAUGCACACACGCACACCGGACCUAGACCCAGAGCACACACCCACACACCCUCACACACACGGACCGGCGUGGUCGUGGCAGUGUCGUGAGGGGGGAUCGGGGGUGGACUGUAACGGUCGGGGAGUGUGUGUGUGUGGGAAGUGUGUGUGUGAGAGGAACAGUCUGGGAACAGUCUAUGGACAGUACUGUCAGAUGGACGACUACUCCUGCCCCUACCAACACGGACUACUGUGUGGAGGUAAUGCAGACACACACACGUUGUGCACACACAGACACACACACACAGAACCCAAGACUGUACAUUUCGCAUCUUACGAUCUAAUUCUUAUUCACUGUGUAACUGGUGGUAGAGACUACAAUCUCUCUCUCCCUCUCUCCUUCAGGGCGAGGUAUGUGUGUGUCUGGUGAGUGUGUGUGUGAGGAGGACUGGACAGGGGAGAGCUGCAUGUGCCCAGUCUCCACAGCAACCUGCCUGUCCGACAACGGGGUGCUAUGCAGCGGGCGUGGCAGGUGUGUGUGUGGCAGGUGUGUGUGUGACGACCAUCAAUAUUCCGGAGCGUUUUGUGAGAGAUGUCCCACCUGCCACAGCUCCUGUCAGUCACACUGGUAAGGCUUCAGCUCAGCGAGCUAACACAAUCUGGUGCUGUGUAUUCUGAUGACCUGGGUUCAUACGUGGUCGGUCACGUCAACCACCCUGGUAAUCACUCUCUCUCUCCCUCUCUCUCCCUCUCUCUCGUUCUCUCUUGCUCUCUCAUCCUCUCUCUCGCUCUAUUAGGAGGUGUAUAGACUGUCACUUGUCUUACGGUCUGUCUCAGAGAGAGGCGGGGCAGUGCAACCAUACCUGCGCCCCAUUAGUGGGUUACGUCAAUGAUGUCACAGGUAGAAUGGGGUCAGGGGUUAUACCAGAGAGAAGCACACACUCACACACACAAACAUGUCAUGAUGGUCUGCAAAAAAAUAUAAAAAAUGUCCAUGACAUUCGUUCAGUUCAUUCUCUCUCUCUUUCUCUUGUUAAGAGUUGAUGGGAUAAACAUUAAUAUAUUCUCUCGCUCUCCCUCUCUCUCUCUCUCUCUCUCUCUCUCUCUCUAGUCCUAGUAGGUCAGGAAUGGAGACAGUGUGUGUAUAAGAAAGACAACUGUAACUAUCGCUUCCACACUGCACUUGUCUCAGGAAAUACUCUUCUACAUUUCAACACACAACCUGGUGAGACACACGCACACACAAACAAACACACACACACACUGUGUAAGUGUAAAUUGCAACAAUUGCACCCCACCACCUCUCUUGGAAACAGCACUAUUCAUUGUGUGUGUCCCACUCUCCCCUUUGUCUCUCUCCCCAAUCUUCCACCCUCUCUCCCUGUCCCACACCCUCCUCCCCCCAUACCUCCCCCACUCUCCUCCCGCCUCUCCCCUCUCCCCACUGUAUUCCCAAACACUCACACUCCCGGUUGCGGAAGCCAAGUUUCCAUGGCAACAGUUAUAAAUGUCAGAGUAGAACUUUAGUCUCUUUGUCUGAGGAUGAGCCCUUUGUGUGUGUGUGUGUGUGUGUGUGUGUGUGUGUGUGUGUGUGUGUGUGUGUGUGUGUGUGUGUGUGUGUGUGUGUGUGUGUGUGUGUGUGUGUGUGUGUGUGUGUGUGUGUGUGUGUGUGUGUGUGUGUGUGUGUGUGUGUGUGUGUGUGCCCAUGCAUGCAUGUGUGUGUUUGCGGACAGUGGUAAUUUGUAACUAUUUCAGGGUCAAAUAUUGGUGUGUUGGGUCUGUGUGUCCCUGUAUACUACAAUGGAUAGAGAUAAAGUACUCACAACUGUGUGUGUGUGUGUGUGUGUGUCUCCAGAGUGUGUAUCCAGUAGGCGGUAUGUGGGGACCUUCCUCAGUGUGUGUGUGUUGACGUUCCUCCCUGGCUUGGUGAUGCUGGCUGUACUGGUGCUGCUGCUGCAGAGACGAUCUUUGCCACAGAGUGGCGCCACUGACCAACAAUACAACCCCACUGGCAAGGUAAGAUUCUCCAAUAUUUUAGAUACACACAGGAACACACUUGUGUGCGUGUUUCUGACUGCUUGUGCAUGUUGUAUCAUUAGGAUCUGUCACACAUCCCAGCGACCAAUGAGAAGACGGUAUCCUACCGGAGGGACCGCCCCCCGAGCCCUGACCGUCCGAUGGAGAUGCAUAUCACCGUUCCCAAGAUGCCCCUGGGCGAACCCUGGCAGUGAGGGGUCAGGGGUUAGAGGUCAAAGGUUGAAGUGGGCCAUUGCUGACAGGUACAAAAAAGCAGCACCUCUAAUAUUAUACUGCUUGAGAACCAGCAACUCUGAAAAACUAAGCCCAGGUACGGUAAAAUUACAGUGGGCAGGCCUACAGGAAUCUUUUCUCAGUCCACUUGCACUGGUUACAGGUUAGGGGAAGGAUACUAAAUCAUGAAAAACUGGACAGGGUAACACUGAUACUGUCAUUUUAUGUGGCUUUAUGGACUGGCAGCCAUUGAAAGGUACUGAACAUUGAUCAUUGAUAGAAUUAUCAAUGCUAAAUAUGUAUGCUUUUAUCACAGAGAACACUAAAAGUGUAUUAGUUUACUUGAUCUCUCUCGCUCCACUCAACCUGUGGGUCCUGUGUUAGCUUGCCACCUAGUGGUCAGAAUGAAUAAUUGAAUGAAUGAACGAAUGAAUGAAUGAAU